CCGUCACAGUCGACGUCCACAAUCGCCUAACUUCGUUAUCACAAACGACGAGCAGCAUUACCAUUAAAUAUUCUUCUUUGAAGUAAAUAACGCUUGGUCUGGGCGUGUCAAUAGGUGAACACGGGUGACAUGGCCGCCUCGCAUAUGUUGAGUACUUCCAAUAAUCCAGCUAGCAAACAUAUUACAUCAAGACAACCAACCCAACCACCCAAACAGAGUAGAACCCGCCACAGAUCUCAUUCAGACCCUUUCUCAGACCCAGUUUACCCAUCAAAGCCUGUUCCCCGCCUUCCCCCAGAGCUUCCGCCUAAAUAUCCCCAAUACAAUAGGAUGGCCCCGUCUCCUGCCAAAUCUCUCACACAUCGCGAUAAUACAAUCGUAGAGGCUGUUAGGGACACUGUUCAGGUCAAAGGUGUAGAUCAGUCUUCACGCACAAGAAUGGGAAGAAGUCAAACUGCCCAGGGAAAUUCCCCGUUACGUCCCACAUAUACCGGUCGUCGUUCAUUAUCCCAGGAUUCCAUCCUUCACACAGCGAAUGCUCUUGAUAAGGCUAAGGGCAAGGCACGAGGCAAGAAAGGCUCCAUGCAUGCGGACGUCAUAGACAGACUUGAUUUCACUGGCGUCGGUCCCAUGUUCCAUCAUGAUGGUCCAUUUGAUGCUUGUGCACCAUCUCGGAACCGCCAUCGAACUAAGGCGCCUAUGCUUGCCUGGAGCAGCGCGGGGGCAGAUGUGGCGCUAUCCAAUGAAUCCCCCUACCCCUCACCUGACGCUUACAAAGGUGCCUUUUCCGCUACCUACCAACCCCCAAAGAAGAAAGUCGAUGCCAUCGCAGAGGCCUGGGGUAUCCAUGAGCCAGAACCGUACGAGGAAUUUUUUGCAGGUGGGGGUACUGGCAGACGUGAUGGUGACACACCGUCUAAUUCAAUAUACGCCGGGAGGGAGGGCCACGGAUCACGGAACGGCACGCCGCGACACUCCCUUGGAAAGCGCUCCAAGGACGGGCGUGACCUUCGUGAUGUGUAUAGAGAGUACCCCGACGACGAUAUGAAACAGAUGCAAGCCCGCGACCGAGAGCGAAGCGGUGAGAGAGAAGGAAGACGCACCAAACGCGGUGGUAUCCCGCCCCCGCAGCCUAUCCUUGUGCCAGAAGCCCAGAGUACCGAUUAUGACAGCGCACCGGGGUCUCCGUCACUGCCAGGAGUCCCAAAACGCACCAAAUCAUUGAUGCAACGCAUUCGCAAAAUGCGUGACUCCCCAAAUGUGCCCUUGGGUUUUGACGAGAGUGUCGAGCCUCCUUCUCCCAAUACGGAUAUCUACCAGCCAUCGCGCCCUACACAUCGGUCACAGAAUUCGUUCCUUGGGCGCUUCUCCAAUGGCUACAACGGUCCCGGUCGUCCAAACACUUCACCUCCUUCAGAUGAAGCAUAUGUGUACGUCGAUGAUCUGCGCAGGGACAAACGACUACCUGCCACUCCUUAUGCUCCAGCGACAACUCGCACGCCAUCCGCCGAAGACAGACGCGGGUACUUUGACGGUGCACCCAGUUCUCCGCCAUUGGGCGGCCUUGGGCGAAAAACUAGCUUAUUGAAGAAAGUGAAGGACGUAGUCAGGGGCCCAAAAUGAGCCUAGUCCUCGAUUUCUGGAUGUAUCCGAGUAUUUGACCGCUAGCCCCCAUACGCAUGUCUUGUUGAGACCACUCUAGUUUUUGUCCUUUCUUGCACUUUUACAGCCAUGAUCGCUGCCCUGUUUCUCUUCUCUCGUCCAAAGCUUGGAUGAGAUAUACCUAGGAAUCGGUUGUGUUUUUCUCCCUUCGUCGUCGACGCUCCUGACCCCAUGCUUGUAUCCAUUACGGUGUUUGUAAAAAUCUACAUAUACUCGCGAGACGGUUUAUUUACUCUGCAUUUUUCUACCAUACUUCCUGUUGUAAGAGUAUGCAGUGGCAGUCAAUACCCUGAGGUUUUCAUUAAACGCUUUUCGAAGAUGCA